AUGGUGGAAAARGGCUUGCCCGGCCCGGGUCUCUUGGCCCAUGUCAUGGUCUCCAAAUAUUGCGACCAUAUUCCGCUACAUCGCAUGGAAGGUAUUCUUCGGCGCCAAGGCAUCGAGAUUCCUAAGACCACCCUUUGCGGAUGGGUCAAAGAGUGUAGCGAGCGGGUCGARGGCUUGCUCGGAGUCCUCAAAAAUGAGCUUUUCCGCUCCGCCGUCAUCGCCACCGACGACACCACCGUGCCGGUGCAGAAAAAGGGCGGCGCUUACUCUGGUCGGCUGUGGGUAUAUAUCGGCGAUCUCGACCAUCCGCUGGUGCUUUACGACUAUUCGCCGACCCGAGAAGGGGAAGCCCCGAGGGAUUUCUUGGAAUCCUACGRCGGAUAUCUCCAAGCCGACGCCUAUUCCGGCUACGACCAGCUUUUCAAACCCGAUCGAGAGCCCCGAAUUCAAGAGGUCGGKUGCUGGAUGCAUGCCCGGAGAUAUUUCUACGAAGCAUCUCUCAAGGAUAAAGGCCUGCCCUUUGAGGCCUUGGCGAUGAUCCGCGAGCUGUUUCGGUUCGAGAAGUCGGCGAGAGACUUUUCUCCCGACCAGCGGCUCGCCCUGCGCCGCGAAAAGGCCGUGCCGGUGCUCGACACCAUGGAUAAAUGGAUGAAGAAACACCGCCACGCGGUGCUACCCAAGAGCCCMCUGGGCAAGGCGCUGACCUAUGCCACCAAUCAGUGGGAUGCGCUGCGCCGAUACACCGAGGACGGCCGYUUGGAAAUCGACAACGGUCGAUCGGAACGGAUGCUUCGGCUGAUCGCGGUGGGGCGCAAGAAUUGGCUCUUCGCCGGAAACGACGCCGGGGGUCGUCGUGCGGCAAAUAUCUACAGUCUGGUGGGCACUUGCCGCUACCACGGCUGGGAUCCCUAUGCUUACUUGGUUUGGCUUUUCGAGUGCCUACCCGGAGCGCCCGAACAUCGUCUGUUGGAGCUCUCGCCGCUGGCCUGGGCCGCCCAAAACGGUCUCACGUCCAAUCUGAUCUCGAAGUAG